AUGCUCCGUGAGGACAAAGUGAUAUGCCUAGGAGACGUAAAUAUAAAUUUCCUCGACACUGAGGCUGCACCUGCAAAUUAUAUGCUUGAAAUGUUAGAUUCUACAGGUAUAGAGCAAAUAGUAGAAGAAGCUAUUACUAAUACAUCGGCGACAUUAAUAGAUGUUAUUCUUUGCAACGAUCCUUUAAUGAUCGAAUCUAAGUACGUUGGCGGAUUAGAUUUAACAGAUCAUGAACUGAUUUCGUGUAAGGUACUACAAGAUAGACAAAAAAUUGAACCACUCUUUUACACUUAUCGGAGCUUUAGGAGUCUUGAAAUGGAUAAAUUGCAUGCUGAUUUGCAAAAUCUUCCCUUAAUUGACAUAUGUUACUUGUCAAAUAUUGACGAAAAGGUGAACCUGUUCAAUCAUUUAAUUCUAACUUUGUUUGACAAGCACAUUCCUUUGAAAACGUCCAAAAUCACUAAGCCUAAAGCUCCCUGGCUGAAGGAUGAUAUAAGGAAUUUGAUGUGUAGCAGGGAUGCAGCGAGGUCUAAGUAUAGAAAAAAUCCGAACGAUUCAAAUUGGAAUGCAUAUAAAAAACUAAAAAACAAAACCAAUCAUGCUAUUCUACAUGAAAAAAGAAAGUAUUUUGAUAAAAUUGCUCAGAAGAUGAAUCCCACAACAAAAAUAAAUAUUGUAAGCAAUAUUUAUAUUCGUCUCCGCAACACUGGCAUCACUACUCAGACGAACUUAACUUCCAAUGAAGAAACCCAUAAUGAAGCUCUUUAUUGUGUUACAAAAAUAUUAGAAGAUAUGUUUAUAAACGUGGUUGAAAAGGCGGAGCAGUUAACACUGACCAAAGAUGGAAGACCAAGAAAACGAAAAAGGUUUAUUGAAAGUGAUGAGGAAAGAAAAGAAAAAAGGUCAUACGUUAAUGGCAGCAGACUGCUUCCACCAUGCAGUAGAGAAGUCGUUGAAAAAAAAAAGGGAAAAGUAUAUGAUUUUGGUGAUUAUGUGGAUGCUGUGAAGACGUUUUUCAAAGGAAUCAACGUAGUAGUGAUGAACGAGCAGUCAUUUUAUUCCUGGGAAGACCACACAUCCCAGUAUAAGCUGAAUAAAAUAACACCGAGGCCUUAUCUCAAGUCCAUGGUUGAAGUUCAUUUUACCAGGGAAGAAAGAACCAUUUAG